AUCAGUCCGUAAAGUGGCGGGCAGUCGAGCAACAGGAAGCGGUCGCUCUUUCCCCAAACCCCACUGCCUUGUGGGAUCUUGGGAAGUCAUCCACCCAUCCCCGCGCCUAGACAAGUUUUCCGGAUCAGUCCACCCCGCCUCACUCGCACUGUGCGGAAGCUGAGAGGGCCCCGGGGUAGGCAUGGCGGCGCACCUUAAGAAGCGGGUUUAUGAGGAAUUCACGAAAGUGGUUCAGCAACAACAGGAGGAAAUUGCUACUAAGAAACUCCGACUAACAAAACCAAGUAAAUCUGCAGCACUCCACAUAGAUCUGUGUAAAGCUACCUCUCCAGCAGAUGCUUUGCAAUACCUGCUCCAAUUUGCCAGGAAGCCUGUUGAGGCAGAAAGCGUAGAGGGAGUAGUCAGGAUUCUCUUGGAACAUUAUUACAAGGAGAAUGAUCCAUCUGUGAGACUGAAAAUUGCAUCCUUGUUGGGUUUAUUAUCGAAGACAACAGGAUUUUCACCAGACUGCAUUAUGGAUGAUGCCAUUAACAUCCUGCAGAAUGAAAAGUCUCAUCAAGUCCUAGCUCAACUGCUGGAUACAUUGCUUGCAAUUGGCACUAAGCUACCAGAGAAUCAAGCUAUCCAGAUGCGAUUAGUUGAUGUGGCCUGCCAGCAUCUGACAGAUACAUCUCAUGGUGUAAGAAAUAAGUGCCUGCAGUUACUUGGCAAUCUUGGUUCUUUGGAGAAAAGCAUCACCAAAGAUGCAGAAGGCCUAGCUACCAGAGAUGUCCAGAAGAUUAUAGGGGAUUACUUCAGUGACCAAGACCCACGUGUCAGAACAGCAGCUAUAAAAGCCAUGUUGCAGCUCCAUGAAAGAGGAUUGAAAUUACACCAAACAAUUUAUAAUCAGGCCUGUAAAUUGCUCUCUGAUGACUAUGAACAAGUACGCAGUGCUGCAGUCCAGCUUAUCUGGGUUGUCAGUCAGCUCUAUCCUGAAAGCAUUGUCCCAAUCCCUUCUUCUAAUGAAGAAAUUCGCUUAGUUGAUGAUGCGUUUGGAAAAAUUUGUCACAUGGUCAGUGAUGGCUCUUGGGUGGUUCGUGUUCAGGCGGCAAAACUAUUGGGCUCUAUGGAGCAAGUCAGUUCUCAUUUCUUGGAGCAGACCCUUGACAAGAAGCUGAUGUCAGAUCUGAGGAGGAAACGUACUGCACAUGAGCGUGCCAAGGAACUUUACAGUUCAGGGGAGUUUUCCAGUGGCAGGAAGUGGGGAGAUGAUGCUCCCAAGGAAGAAGUAGAUACUGGGGCUGUGAACUUGAUUGAGUCGGGAGCUUGUGGAGCUUUUGUUCAUGGGUUGGAAGAUGAGAUGUAUGAGGUUCGUAUCGCUGCUGUGGAGGCCCUCUGCAUGUUGGCCCAGUCUUCACCCUCUUUUGCUGAGAAGUGCCUUGAUUUCCUGGUUGACAUGUUCAAUGAUGAAAUUGAAGAAGUACGUCUGCAGUCCAUACAUACCAUGAGAAAAAUCUCUAACAAUAUCACCCUCCGAGAAGAUCAGCUUGACACUGUCUUGGCUGUGCUAGAGGAUUCAUCCAGAGAUAUUCGAGAGGCUCUUCAUGAACUCUUAUGCUGUACUAAUGUUUCAACCAAAGAAGGGAUUCAUCUUGCAUUGGUGGAGCUGCUGAAAAAUUUAACCAAGUACCCUACUGAUAGGGACUCCAUAUGGAAGUGCUUGAAGUUUCUGGGAAGUCGGCAUCCAACCCUGGUGCUCCCCUUGGUGCCAGAGCUUCUGAGCACCCACCCAUUUUUUGACACAGCUGAACCAGACAUGGAUGAUCCAGCUUAUAUUGCAGUUUUGGUACUUAUUUUCAAUGCUGCUAAAACCUGUCCAACAAUGCCAGCAUUGUUCUCAGAUCACACCUUCAGGCACUAUGCCUAUCUCCGAGACAGUCUUUCUCAUCUUGUUCCUGCCUUGAGGUUACCAGGUAGAAAACUAGUGUCAUCAGCUGUUUCUCCCAGCAUCAUAUCUCAAGAGGAUCCUUCUCAGCAGUUCCUGCAGCAGAGCCUUGAAAGAGUGUAUACUCUUCAGCACCUGGACCCUCAAGGAGCCCAGGAGCUGCUGGAAUUCACUAUCAGGGAUCUGCAAAGACUUGGAGAACUUCAGUCCGAAUUGGCAGGAGUAGCUGAUUUCUCUGCCACGUACCUUCGCUGUCAACUACUUCUUAUCAAGGCCUUGCAGGAAAAGUUGUGGAAUGUGGCAGCGCCUUUGUAUUUGAAGCAGAGUGAUUUGGCCUCAGCAGCAGCGAAACAGAUUAUGGAAGAGACCUACAAAAUGGAGUUCAUGUACAGUGGUGUGGAGAAUAAGCAGGUGGUGAUUAUACAUCACAUGAGGCUACAGGCCAAAGCUUUGCAACUUAUAGUAACAGCACGAACUACACGAGGACUUGACCCCUUAUUUGGGAUGUGUGAAAAAUUUUUACAGGAAGUGGACUUUUUUCAGAGGUAUUUCAUCACUGAUUUGCCGCACUUGCAGGACAGCUUUGUGGACAAACUUCUUGACCUUAUGCCCCGACUCAUGACAUCCAAACCUGCAGAAGUGGUCAAAAUUCUACAGACCACGCUGCGGCAGAGUGCCUUCCUGCAUCUCCCACUUCCAGAGCAGAUCCACAAAGCCUCAGCCACCAUCAUCGAGCCAGCAGGCGAGUCAGACAACCCUUUGCGGUUUACAUCCGGGUUAGUGGUGGCCCUGGAUGUUGAUGCAACCCUGGAACAUGUGCAGGACCCUCAGAACACUGUGAAGAUCCAGGUCUGUCGGGUCUUAUAUCCAGAUGGCCAGGCUCAGUUGAUUCACCCCAAGCCUGCAGACUUCCGGAAUCCUGGCCCAGGGCGGCACCGACUCAUCACUCAGGUUUACCUCUCCCACACUGCUUGGACAGAGCCAUGUCAGGUAGAAGUGAGGCUGCUGCUGUCCUACAACUCCAGUGCUCGCAUUCCAAAAUGCCCCUGGAUGGAGGGUGGUGAGGUAUCGCCCCAGGUGGAAACCAGCAUCGAGGGCACCAUUCCCUUCAGCAAGCCUGUAAAAGUUUAUAUAAUGCCCAAACCUGCACGGCGCUGAGGCAAAAGCAGUCUUUCCAACCUUGGCCCAGAGGGCCGUUUCUUUGGUGUCAGAAUGAGCCAAACCUGAAGCACUUCACCUGGGAUCGAUGUGUAGGCGUAAGGAGUAUGUGACCCUUACAGUCUCAUCUGGUAUCAAACACAGGAUAAAUUGUUUUUGCAUUAAAAAAUAAAAAAAACCUUCAAGUCUACUUCCCCUCCCCCCUCCAUAAUAAAGUUGAGAAAACACCAA